AUAUCGAUCCUCGUGCCAAAUCUCUGUCAAAUGGAGAUGGUAAGGGAAGAGGGGAUACUGAUCGACAUCCUCUCGCGAUUGCCCGUCAAAUCUCUCCUCCGAUUCAAGUGCGUCUGUAAGCAAUGGCGUUCCUUCAUCUCCGAUCCCGAUUUCGCCAAAUCGCAGCUCAGGAGAUCGAUGGAGCAAAACCCUAGCUCCUGCCGCAGGCUUCUCUGGCUCAACAAUCCCAUCCGGUCCAUAGACUGCGAGAACUUAAGCUGCUCCUCUGCAGGUACUGCAAUUAGAGUUAUCAAGCCUCCAUCAAUAAUCUCUGACCCGAGAUCAUUCAAGCAGGUCGGUGGCUCGUGUAAUGGCCUGUUAUGUUUGGUCGCUAAUUUUGAAUGUUUCAUCCUGUGGAAUCCGACGACUGGUGCAUAUAAUGAGCUGCCCAGCCCUAGCCCUUGCCCCGACACUGCAGGACGUCAAUUCUUCUAUGGCUUCGGUUAUGAUUGCUCUACGGAUGACUACAAGUUGCUCAAGGGUUCAACUCCCAGCUAUGGUUCUCAAUCUGUUGAUACUAUCGCCGAGAUAUACUCCUGCAGGACCAAUACGUGGAGGAGGAUGAAGUAUGAUCGCGUUCCUUAUGUUACUGGAAGAGGGCUUUUCCUGAAUGGGUCUCUGCACUGGCUAGUGGAAACGGAUCUUACUGAUAACGACGGUAUGAUCGUCUCGUUCGACGUGACAAAUGAGAAAUUUGGGGGGCUGGUAUCUCCUCUAUCGCAUGAUCGAGGCGUAUUAUUCAAAGGUUUAAUGAUUGCAGAAGAUUGUCUCUUCGUAUAUCAGGGUUUGAAGACCGGAAUCAAUGGCUUCACUCUAGAGGGUUGGGUACUGAGCGACUAUCGGAUGAAAUCAUCUUGGACUAAUAUUUGCAGCUUCUUGAUCGAGGAAUGUCGUCCUCUGCGGUACUUUUGGCACCCAGUCUGGUUUAGGAAGGAUGGGAAAGUUCUCUUUCAUUUGGGGCAGGAGGAUACCACUGUACUCAUAUACGACCCAGAUAAAGGUACAGGGGAUGGCAUUAAGAUUGCCAAGCUUUUCCUAUACAAUUACCGGGAUUAUGUUGAGAGUCUUAUUUCUCCUUUCCCGAACUGAGGUAUGGUGUGUGUGUGAUGUUAAGGGGUUUUUCAGGUCGACUUGCUUUGUGGUGGCUUGAGUAGUUACGGGUAUCUACUGACUCUGCAUCUUUAUGUCCUAUUACGGUAAAUGUACUCUGCCGGCAAGAUGAAACCGGGCAGAUCUUGUUCUUAGCACCUGUUGGGAAGAUGUCCUCUGUUGGCCAACGCAGUGCUUUGCAGAUAUGUUGUCAUAUACUGUGUAAUUCCAGUGAAGCUCAAUUAUGACUCCACCCAAAUCUUAGUUAUUUACUCCA